GUUUGUUUGUCGUGUUGCUUGUUAUUCAGAUUUGUGACUAUGUUUUUUCACAGCUUUCACAGGGAAUAGUGUUAUAUGUUACUUUAGCGUAUUUUAGCCCAUUCCGUUGAAGUAUGUUACACCAAAAGACGUGUGGGUUAUUUCGAACUUUCCUUAGCCGCAGUUUCAGCAAUACCUGUAUUUUACGAACUUCGAAUUCAAUAUCAGACAAAAUUUUCAAAACAACUGACUUUAAACCUUUAAGACGACAUUCAACUUUAUUAAAAAAACAAUCCAGUCAGUACAGUUUUCCAUUUUCAAGACUUCAUAGCACAAAUGAAUCCUUAAAUGACGAGGCCGACGCUUGCCCUGAAGCAGAACGAGUUAAAAUCACAUACAUUGACCGUGACGGAGAGACCCAUGAUAUCAAUGCUAAAGUAGGAGACAAUGUGAUGUACUUGGCACAAAAACAUGACUUAGACGUUGAAGGGGCUUGUGAAGCAUCAUUGGCAUGUUGUACGUGUCAUGUUUACGUCGAAAACCAUUUUGAUAAACUGAGCGAAAUAGACGAGGAAGAAGAAGACAUGUUGGACCUUGCUCCGUUCCUCCAAGAGAACUCACGACUCUCAUGUCAGAUUAUCCUCAGUAAAGAACUGGAUGGUAUUGUUGUAAGGAUUCCGUCCGCUACGAGAAACUUCUAUGUUGAUGGGCAUAAACCUAAACCUCAUUAGCACCGGUUUGGUCAAUUUUUAGUAUAGUAAAAUUGAAUAUGGAAUUCUGUACACUGAUGGUGCUAGACAGGCUUGGAUAUUAUGUGAUGAUUUAUAAAGUAAUGAUAGUACUGAAGGAUAAUUUGGAAAUAAAACAGUGUAUUAAUGCUAGUACAUACUGUAUAAAGCAGCACUGCUACAUUUAUCCCGACAUACGAUACAAUUUAUAAAAAGUCACUGUGAUCAAAACAGAUACAUUGGACAUAGGAGUGAAACUAAAAAGCCUCAAAUGGUAAAAUGCUAUAUUGCAAGCUUAUAUACCCUAUUGCACCAAAAACAAAGUCUUAUAUAACAAUAACAUAUAGAAUCUCCUGAAAUUGCCCAGUUUUGAUACAUACUAAUUUAAAGCUUUAAUCAUUUUUCAAUUUGUUUGAUCAUUUUUUUUCAUUAG